AUGCAAAUUUUACUUAAUGAAGCUGAUGGAGACGGGAGUGACGUAGAUUCUAAUAACAUUACUGAUCUUUUAAAUGAACCCGAUUCUGAACUAUCCUCACUAUCACAUCUUGCGACUUCUCAAAUUUCUCUUUUAGCAACAACAGAAAUAAAAUCUGUUACCAUGUCGUUAGAAGUAGGCUAA